CAAAAACAGUCGAAUCCGUUCUACGGGUGCGGCCUCCCGAUGUGAACGCCUCCAAGAUUCACAUUUUCCAAGUCAAUUUGUUAAGAACAACCUUUCGCCAGCUAACCGAUCCUGUGGUUCUUCCUCCCUCCCUCCCUCUUCAUAAACAGCAUCUCUUCUCACCUCCUCGGCACCCAUUUUCUACGGCUUGAUCGUCACCCAUCCCUUCUUCACAUGGCGUCCGAAGAGGUUGAGAUGCAGAGCAUUGUCAAGGAGGAGAAGCUGCGGCGGAGGCGGAAGGAAAAGGGAGGAGAGGAGGAGCAAGAGGAGGAGAUGUCGGUGGAGCGGGCGUUCGAGGGGCAGCGCGUGCCGCCGUGGCGGGAGCAGCUCACGGCCCGCGCGCUGGUGGUCAGCUUCUUCCUCUCGGUGAUGUUUAGUGUCAUCGUGAUGAAGCUGAACCUGACGACGGGGAUCAUCCCCUCUCUCAACGUCGCUGCCGGGCUCCUCGGGUUCUUCUUCGUCAAGCUGUGGACGAAGGCGCUCGAGCAGACCGGACUGCUUCGGACUCCCUUCACGCGACAGGAGAACACCGUCAUCCAGACCUGCGUCGUCGCCGCCUACGGCCUCGCUUUCAGCGGUGGUUUUGGAAGUUAUCUUUUUGGUAUGAGUUCAAAAAUUGCUGCUAAAACAACUGAAGAAGAUACUUCUCAGAAUAUAAAGGAACCGAGCUUAGGAUGGAUGAUUGCAUUUAUGUUUGUUGUUAGCUUUAUUGGUUUAUUCUCUGUUGUGCCACUCAGAAAGAUAAUGAUCAUCGACUACAAGCUGAUCUAUCCAAGUGGUACUGCUACUGCAUACCUUAUCAACGGCUUCCAUACAUUGAACGGUGAAAAAUUGGCCAAGAAGCAAGUAUGGAUGCUAGGCAAGUGCUUUAUUGGUAGCUUCUUUUGGGGAUUCUUUCAGUGGUUUUAUACUGCUGCUGAUGGUUGUGGCUUUGCAUCAUUCCCUACCCUUGGUCUUAAAGCCUAUGAGAACAGGUUCUACUUUGACUUCUCUGCAACAUAUGUUGGAGUUGGAAUGAUCUGUCCAUAUUUGGUGAAUAUAUCUGUUCUCCUGGGAGGCAUUCUUUCGUGGGGAAUCAUGUGGCCUCUUAUAAAUAACCAAAAAGGUCAUUGGUAUCCAGCAGAUACACCACAAAGUAGCCUACAUGGUUUGAAUGGCUAUAGGGUAUUCAUAGGCAUUGCCAUAAUUCUUGGUGAUGGCCUUUAUAACUUUGUCAAGGUCCUACAUCGAACGAUUGCUACCUUCGUCGCUGCAGCACGCCAAGGUCCCAGCACUCUUCCUGUUACAGAUGAUGACAGCCCUUCACCUGCUAUCGUCUCUUAUGACGAUGAAAAGCGAACUCAGGUCUUCCUUAAAGAUCAAAUUCCACAAUGGGUAGCAUAUGGGGGCUAUGUGUCGGUUGCUAUAAUCUCCAUCAUUACUCUUCCUCAUAUCUUCCCUCCACUCAAGUGGUACUUCAUCUUGGUUGCUUAUAUUUUUGCCCCAGUUUUAGCAUUCUGCAAUGCCUAUGGGUGCGGUCUUACAGAUUGGUCUUUGGCUUCCACCUACGGGAAGCUUGCUAUCUUUGUAAUUGGAGCUUGGGCUGGUGCCGCUCAUGGUGGUGUCCUCGCUGGCCUUGCGGCCUGUGGUGUUAUGAUGAAUAUUGUCUCGACUGCCUCAGAUCUUAUGCAGGACUUCAAGACUGGUUACCUAACGCUGGCUUCUCCCCGGUCCAUGUUUGUGAGCCAAAUCAUUGGGACCGCGAUGGGUUGUGUGAUCGCUCCAAGUGUUUUCUGGCUUUUCUUCAAGGCCUUCAAAGAUAUUGGUGAAGAAGGAAGUCAGUACCCUGCACCCUAUGCCACCAUAUACCGUAACAUGGCUAUUCUUGGUGUUGACGGCUUCGGCUCACUACCAAAACACUGUCUCACUCUCUGCUUCAUUUUCUUUGCUGUUGCGAUUAUGAUCAACUUGAUAAAAGAUCUGGUUAGCCCGAAGAUUGCACGGUUUAUACCAAUCCCAAUGGCAAUGGCUAUUCCUUUCUACAUUGGAUCGUACUUCGCCAUCGAUAUGUUUGUCGGAAGUGUCAUAUUAUUCAUCUGGGAAAAGAUCAACAAGCCGAAGGCAGAUUCCUUUGGUCCGGCAGUGGCAUCUGGUUUGAUAUGUGGUGAUGGGAUAUGGACUCUGCCACAAGCCGUGCUUGCACUUGCUCAAGUAAAGCCACCAAUCUGCAUGAAGUUUCUUUCGAGGAAGAUGAACGACCAGGUGGAUACUUUCAUUUCGUCACUAUCUUAAAUCACUCCUCAUCGCCCUAAUUGUGAUUAUGGCAUAAUGUCAUAUUACUAUUUUUUUUUUCUCUCUCUCUCCUGGUUUACUUUGCUUCCUCUCCUAGCCAAAGCAGUGGCAGAUGUGUUGCUAGCAGUGCUUUAUCUAUCUUGAUGUGCAUAUUUUAAAAUGUCUAAAUCCUGAACAUCAAAUGGAAAUGUGGUAUGAACAUUCUCUUAGUUGUAGCAUUUUGGCAAACGCGGCAUAUACCAAAAAACAAAAUGUCUGUUCAUGAUAGAA